CCCUCUUUUCUCACGAUGGGAAGCAGAAAGCCAACACACGCGGGUCGUGCUUGUCCGCGAAGGCUUCUCCGGUUGGAUUGUGGCCCGCCCGGCCGCUGUCCAAAAAGGGCCAAGCUCCUCCCGGAGGAGGAGGGCGCAAAGGGCAGCCGGUCCCGGAGGUGCAAUCCGAAGCCGUGUCCACGGCGCCGCUCCGGAUCGGGCUCCCCUUCCCGUCCUCCUCCUCCGCCUCCUCUUUUCUGGCUCCGGUUCCAGCCCCCCGAGGAUCGCCUUCUUGCGCGGGGCGCCUCCAUGGGGUGGCGAUGGCGGCGGGGAGCCUCCGCCUGGGGCGCGUUGGCUUUUCUCCUGCUGCUCUGCAGCAACGGGGCCGCCCCCCGGAUCGCCUCCCGGGCUAAGCCAAGGGGACACCUCGCCGCCGCCGCCGCUGCGCGCGAUCCUGCGGCGCCCUUCCUGGCCAACGUCAGCCUGGAGAGGCCGCCGGAGCGGCGCUGGGAGCCGGUGCUGCGCCACUUCGACGCGGCCUUCCUGCGCGAAGCCUGCGGCCGGAUCAUCGAUGAAGUGAUCCCCAAAUGGGUUCAUGCUAUUAUUCGGCCUAUAGCCAAGGAGCUCGAAUCCUUCGCCCCACAGCCGUUUGCAGGAGAGAUUCGGGGAAUUUGUGACGCUCUGGGGCUGGAUGUUGGGGACGGACUUCUCCUCAACCUGGCAUACGAAUCUACUGCAUUCUGCACGAGCAUCCUCGCUCAAGAUAAGAAUGGACACAUCUAUCACGGACGGAACAUGGAUUAUGCUUUUGGAGAUAUUUUGCGCCAGAUUACCAUCGAAGUGAAUUUUGUAAAGAAUGGGCAGGUAAAAUACAGAGGUACUACAUUUUUUGGUUAUGUCGGUUUGUGGACUGGACAGAGCCCAUACAAGUUUACAAUCUCUGGGGACGAACGUGAUCAAGGGAACUGGUGGGAGAAUGCCGUGGCUGCUUUUCUGAGGCACAGUAGUCCAGUCAGCUGGCUCACCAGGACCGUUCUGAGUGAAGCAGAAGAUUUUGAAGCUGCAGUCCAUAUGCUGUCUAAGACGCCAAUAAUAGCCGACGUUUUUGAAGCUGCAGUCGAUAUGCUGUCUAAGACGCCAAUAAUAGCCGACGUCUACUACAUCGUUGGAGGUGUGACACCCAAGGAGGGUGUGGUCAUUACAAGAAAGAGGAGUGGUCCAGUAGAUAUUUGGCCCUUGGACCCUUUGUCUGGUGGUUGGUACCGGGUGGAGACAAACUACGACCAUUGGACAACCCCACCUCCUUUUGACGAUCGAAGAACUCCAGCCGUCAAAGCACUGAAUGCUACCGGACAGGAAAAUAUUAAUCUAAAGUCACUGUACAAGGUACUCUCCGUGCAACCCGUUUUGAACAAGGACACCAUUUAUACCACUGUAAUGAGUGCUGCGGCUCCAGACCAGUAUAUGACGCGGGUCAGGACCCUGGAAUGAAGAUGAGAAAGGAAGAAGCAAAUAUUUCAAAAGAUGCAUAAUGGGUUCAACUGGCAUGCAAUGCGGUCACAGAGUACAAGCAUGGAUCUAGACAUGCGCUUGGAUUUCAACAUGGUUUUUCUCCAAGCAAGUCACUAGUGCUAACAAUGUGAAGACGAGAUAAACAACGCCUGAUGAAGUGUCAAAUGCUGAGGGAAAUCUACAGCAGGGUUUCCAUGUGUUAACAUUCAAGGCUCUAACACAAGGCCCUGUGCCUUAUCCUUUCCCCUGUAAUUAGGGAAAGGGGAAUCUACUAUGCUGAUAAACCCAGGGUUGCAAAUGUAUCUUAUACAGGUUGCAGAAGUCAACUUUUUAAGUUGGUGCUCAGUUGGGUUUUCCAUGGCACAUUGUUAUUUCUGUCAUUACUUCCUAGGUGAUUAUAUUCCAAGGGGAUAAUGGGUGAUUUCUUACAUCUAGUCCAUGUUGACUUCCAGAACAAGUUAAUGAAUCAAUAAUUUGCUUCAGUUUUUUGAUCCGAAGGUUUCUGCAAGCUCAGAGGAUAGGUGGCAGCCACAUUGAAGAAACCCAAAAAAGUUGCAAAUUCUUCCGUACUGAGAUGAGAGAUUGGCUUGGAAUGCCCUUGGUAUGCUACCUUUUUGUGGAGGACAAGCGUGGUAUCAGUGAAAUAAUCUUGAUGGCAGAGAACACGAAGAAAUGGCAGUUGGCAGUGGGUGAUGAAAUGAUUUCCGGACAAGAAGUGGACCUUGUUUUUGCUGCAUGGGAGGAAUUUUGAGAAAGUUGGAGAAUGGUUAUAUUGGAUACUACUGACACAAAAUGAUGCCAGGAUGCCCAGCCCAGCCCUGUAUGCUGGCCUUUGUACAUUUGUUUUUUAAAAUCCAAAAUCUUGACUUUUUUUGCCAAGGGCUUCAGGCUGGCUUUUUAAUCCUGCGAAAGAAUUGAUAGCCAUAUGUUGAAGCUUAGUUGUUUUAAGGCUUGAAGUUAUAGCCUGCAGGCAGGAAUGAAAAGUUGGUGGAUGAUUUUAUUAUUGUUAUUACUGGAAUGCAAUGAAAUAUUCUGUUGUGGAUAUUUGGUGCUGAGCCUGAAAAUAAACCAACUUACAAAGAGGAAA